AUGACGGAAGUUACGUCACUCAACCAUGCUCAAGCGGUCACGUUGGCACUGUUCGCUAUCACGACGUACGAUUACCUCCUCAAUCUCUCUCUGGAGAUUGACUUAGUCUGGGGCAAGAAGUUUACCACGAUGACAUUUGUUUUUGGCAUGCUACGCAUCUUGGGUUUCCUGUGGGCUAUCGCAGAGAUCCUCGUUUCUUCUGGAGUGUCAUUCCCGGAGCAGGGGUACGUUAUGAUUGACUAA